AUGGCCAGCGGUUUCUGGGUCGUGCUCAUGACGGAUCGGGCUCGCGAGAUCUCAGCAUUCAUUACUCCUCGCAUGCAUUUUGGCCUUAAGAACGCCCCUCAGAUGUAUCAGCGCCUCGUGGACAACGCGUUAUCUCGCGAUCCGGCGACGCUGGGUCUACAACGGACGUGUUCCGGACCGGUAUCGCGGACGAUCCUGAUCGCGAGUCGGUGUUGGGACGGAGAUCACACAUCGACGCGGAGAUCAUACAUCGACGACAUCAUGAUCGCAGCGGAAUCAUGGGAUCAAAUGUGCCGAAGAGUGGAAGAUCUGUUGGAAGCUUGUGAUAAGUGGAAUUUGUCGAUCAGUGUAGCCAAGCGCUUUUGGGGCAUGGAUAAGGUAGGAUAUCUGGGACACCGAGUGUCGAUCGGAGGUUUAGAGGCAAGCCCGAAGACAUGA